ACCACCGUAUAUCAUUCAUCCUUGUCAAUCUCUGCAAAAAGAAAAAAAACUUAAAACAAAAUAAUCAAAGAUGGAGCAAACUUUUAUCAUGAUUAAGCCUGAUGGAGUUCAAAGGGGCCUUGUUGGUGAAAUCAUUGGUAGAUUUGAGAAGAAAGGUUUCUCUUUGAAAGGAUUGAAGCUUUUGACUGUGGACCAAGCUUUUGCCGAGAAGCAUUAUGCUGAUUUGUCCUCAAAGCCUUUCUUCAAUGGGCUAGUUGAGUACAUUGUUUCUGGACCUGUUGUUGCCAUGGUUUGGGAAGGCAAGAAUGUUGUCACCACUGGACGCAAGAUCAUUGGUGCUACAAACCCUGCCGAGUCUGCCCCUGGUACCAUCCGUGGUGACUUUGCCAUCGACAUUGGCAGGAACGUGAUUCACGGUAGUGAUGCCGUCGAGAGUGCAAGGAAGGAGAUUGCUCUGUGGUUCCCCGAGGGUGUUGCUAACUGGUCAAGCAGCCUUCACCCAUGGAUCUAUGAAUAAAUGUGUGAUGUAAGUGUAUGUUAAGACCACCCUUUAUUUGUGAACUGUGAGGGUGUAAUCUAUUGUGAACUGCUUUUAUUUACGGAUUUUAUAUGGCGUGAGGAACGUUUUGGAAUGUUAAUCAGUUAUAUGAUCAUGUUCUAUUAUCAUA